CCCCGAAUCGUCCGUCGCAGUCGGCGCAAGCAAGGUAGCCAGAGACAGAGAGCGGCGGAAGGAAGGAAGGGAGGAAGGGGAACGAGCGAGCACAGGCGGAGGCGGCGGAGGAGGAUGGGGUUCAUGCUGCGGGUGAGGCUGGCCUCCUUCUUCGCGGGCGCGGCCGCCGCGGCCGCCGCCGGCGGCUACUUCCUCUACAAGGACUACAAGCUCGCCCACGACUCCACCGCCCUCCAGGUGAAAGGUCUGCACGACCGUGUGGACGCCCGUUACAAGGCUAUGGACAAGCGACUUGCAGCUCUGGAAGCCCAGAAAAGCGCCGACUCCUCUCCGGGCGUGCCUACGCCAUCGGAUUAGUCAUUUGCCUGUCCAUCACAAGGCUUGACAAGUGGAUGAUUCUAAGUCUGUUUACUUUUAACAUGCGCGCGCUAUCUGCUUCUCCUUUGAAGGCAAGGGGCCUGUGACCGACAGCGAAAUAAUAUAGCGAACAGUUUUUGUUUUGUUGCGUGGGCAAGAAGAAGCUCCUUUUGUUGCGUUGAUGGGAUACAUCAGAUCAGAUCUUAUCUUUGCAGGCCGUUUCACAUUUGCUGUCGCUUGACCGGGGGAUUCAACCCGAACCCUUUUAUGACGCCCCUUGAUUUCUCA